GAAGUUCAGGUUGAUCCAUGCGUGGAUUUUUUCGAGUUCACUUGUGGCAACUGGAUCGCCGCUCAUCCGAUUCCUAGCGACGAAACUUCCCGCACACAACUACACGUACUAUCAGAUAAGGUCUUGAAGCAGAUGAGAGGUAAAGUCCACAUAAAUGCACUUGAGUCGCCAGAGAUCUUCGCUUCGAAAUCCAUGAAUGCUCCUGAAGUCUAUAUACCACAAAUUGAUUUUCCGCAGAGUUAUGGUGUGUGGCCGAUGGUGGAUGGAGACGAUAAAUGGCGAGUGGAAAACUUCAAUUUAACGUCCUUGAUGAUUCAUGUUAGUAAAGUGAGAGGACUUCAAGUCUUUAUCCUUUACCGAAUUUUGGAAGAUAAGAAGAAUACAUCAAGAAGGAUCAUCGAGGUGAGAACAGUGAGCAACUUCUCACUACGUUAUUAG